AUGUUUCACAUUUCCCACCCAUAUCCAACACCGAUACCAAGGGAAAAUGGUAAAAUGAUUCCGGCAGCAGAUAUUGUUAAGGCAACCCUAACGUUCUUCAAUAAAAGUUUUGGAUUUAACUCGACACCGACGAUGAACAGAAAGAGAACUAAACCCAACGUUGCAAAUCGCAUCCUGGAACCCUGGAAUUUGUCCAAAAACCGACGGACCAAGUAUGAUGCCACCAAUGACUUCUGCGAUGACGCGCGGUUGACGAAGCCAUACCAGAGCGAGGUGGAGGAGGCGG